AUGAUGAAACCGAUCCUGGCAGGGGAGCGGGUGAUCGGUCUUAAAAUUCGGGACGCGGAGCAUGAUGAGGCGCUGGCCCUGAGACUCGCCCACGUGCUGUUACGCGAGGCCCUCAUCAAGAGCCCGCCGCCUGAAGGUACUAGGCGAUUGGUGCAUAUUCGGUUUGUUUCGGCCGGAAAUCGAAGGCUGAACAGUUCUGCGGAUGGGGGCAUUAAUGACUACCGCGUUUCUCUGUUCAUCAAGGCGUUCAAGCAGCUCGACCGGAAGACUAUUCGGAAUGCGGUGUUGAUCAUUGGGGAGCUGAUGUCCGGCAUCGCCGUCGUGAUCGGCCAAAACUUUGGCGGACCCGAGAAUUGGCCACUUCAUGCGGAUUUUGAG